AACAAGCAGCAGCGAUAUUUUCUUCCAGAAUAAAUCUAUCUAUACAGUCGAGUGUUGACAGUGAAUGGAGAUGUAUCACAUGCACACUAUUGGUCAAUCCGAGGGGUCAGAGGUUGAUAUGUAAAUAUCCAACAUGGCGGCCCCCGUAGAUGACAUGUUUUCUCGCUGCGUGGAUCCUGCCAAAGCUAGUAAUUGCGUGGAGGUCCGAUUUAUCGAUAAUGUCAAGGGCAAAGGAUUAUUCGCCAAAAGAUCGUUCAAAAAGGGUGACACUAUUUUCAUUGAGAAGCCUCUAGUCUCAUCUCAGUUCUUGUGGAAUGCCUUGUACAAAUACAGAGCGUGUGAGCACUGUCUGCGUGCUCUGGAGACAGCAGAGGAGAAUGCCAGGAGGUUGAGUGGUCUGCCAGCUCUGAGUCUGCCUCACCCUGAGCUGUGCAAGGUGCGACCUGACCGACACCAGGCCUGCCCACAGUGUCAGGUGAUGUACUGCGGUACUGAGUGCCGACAGGCUGCAUGGGAGCAAUACCACAAGGUCCUGUGUCUUGGCCCUUCACAUGAUGAUCCGGAUCACCCAGUCAACAAGCUGCAGGACGCAUGGAAGAGUGUGCACUACCCUCCUGAAACCUCCAGUAUCAUGAUCAUGGCAAGGAUGGUGGCCACCAUCAAGCAGGCUCAAGAUAAGGGACGCUGGCAGAGGUUGUUCAAUCAUUUUUGUAGUCGUACAGCAAAUGAAGAGGAGGAAAUAGUUCAUAAAUUGUUGGGUGAGAAGUUUCAGGGACAGCUGGCCUUGCUGCGGAAUUUGUUUUCCACAGCACUGUACGAAGAUCGUCUCAGUCAGUGGUUCUCUCCAGAAGGAUUUCGCUCUCUGUUUUCGCUCGUUGGGACCAACGGUCAGGGUAUUGGCACCAGUUCUCUGAGUCAGUGGGUUCAUGCGUGCGAUGCACUGGAGCUUCCCAGCCAGCAGAGGGAGCAACUGGAUGCUUUUAUCGACCAGUUGUACAAGGACAUCGACAAAGAAACCGGUGAUUUCCUCAACUGCGAAGGCUCUGGACUUUUCCUGCUGCAAAGCUCUUGUAAUCACAGCUGCGUUCCCAAUGCGGAGGCGUCUUUCCCCGACAACAACUUCCUCCUUCACCUCAGCGCCCUCAGUGACAUCAGCCCUGGAGAGGAAAUCUGUAUCAGCUACCUGGACUGCUGCCAGAGAGACAGGAGUCGUCAUAGCCGGCACAAGAUCUUGAGGGAGAAUUAUUUAUUCAUCUGUUCCUGUCAGAAAUGCAUGUCCCAGAUGGAUGAUGCAGAUAUGACAUCAGAGGAUGAGGAGGAAGUGGAAGGAGAAGGCGAAACAGAGGGAGACGAUGUGGAGGAUGAAAUGACAGAUGUGUGAUUCCACUCAGGUUUCUCGGCCCACCCGAACCACUUCACUUGUUUGUUUGUGGACCUAAUCCAUGUGAUCCUGAAACCCUCUACAGGGCAUAAUAUCUACAGCAGUUGAGAAACCAACAUCACACUCACAGUAGCAGUACAGCUGUAACCUGAAUCAAAGCCUAUGCAAAAUAUAAGUGCAGUAUUUUAAUCAUGUGCUUUUUUGUCAUGAUUUCUACCAUGCAAUGUCUCAUAUAAUGCAA